CCGCCAACUCGAGGACCAGCAGACAAGGAAACGCAUACAGACCCCAACAAAAACGACCCGCAACGAGCAAUCCUAACCUCAAUUACCGUCUGAACUAUUAGCAUUACCUUCUAAUCAUAUCGCAUCGCCUCUAUCACCGGCAAUGUCUGCACCAAAUUCAAGCGACGAGCUCUACCCUAUCGCCGUGCUCAUUGACGAGUUGAAGCACGAUGAUGUUACAUUGCGACUUAAUGCUAUUCGGCGUUUGUCGACCAUCGCCCAAGCCCUCGGCGAACAACGAACAAGAGACGAACUAAUCCCUUUCAUUGAUGAAUCCGUCGACGACGAAGACGAAGUCCUCACCGUCCUCGCCGAAGAACUCGGGAACUUCACCCCCUACGUCGGCGGCCCCGAACACGCCCACAUCCUCCUCUCCCCCCUCGACAACCUCGCCGCAGUCGAAGAACCCCUCGUGCGCGAUCGCGCCGUCGAAUCCCUCAACAAAAUCGCCGAAGUUCUCUCACCCCAACAAAUCGAGGAAUACUACCUUCCGCUGAUCGCACGUUUGAGCAGUGGUGAAUGGUUUACGUCAAGAACGUCCGCGACGGGGUUGUAUGCCACUGUUUAUCCCCGCGCACCAGAGGGUACUCGUGAGGGAUUGCGCGCAGCUUACGGGAAGUUGUGCCGAGAUGAGACGCCCAUGGUCCGUCGUGCCUCGUCCACCAACCUCGCAAAACUCAUCACAGCCGCCGGCGAAUCCAUCACCAACGACCUCUUGAUCCAGGAAGUCGUUCCCUUGUAUAUGCACCUUGCCUCCGACGAACAAGAUUCCGUGCGUCUCUUGACUGUCGACCCCCUGAUCGCACUCAGCGAGAAACUCGGCCCGGAGGCUGCAGAGAGGGAGUUGGGAAGUGAGAUGAAGGCAAUGAUUGAGGAUAAGUCUUGGAGGGUGCGAUACAUGAUUGCCGAUAGGUUCGUUACGCUUGCGGCUUCGGUUUCUGCUUCUGUCGUCAAGUCUGUCCUUAUCGAGGCGUUUAUUCGUCUUCUUUCGGAUACGGAGGCUGAAGUUCGUACCGCCAUUGCUGGACAGAUUCCUGGAUUCGCAAAGUUGGUGGAUGACUCGGCUCUUUUUGUCGAGCGCAUCAUUCCUAAGAUCCAGGAGCUCGUGAACGAUGGUUCUCAGCACGUCCGCGCGGCGCUCGCUUCCCAGCUUGGUGGUCUCGCGCCUCUUUUCGGUACGGAGGCGACUGUUGAGCACCUCCUCCCCAUGUUGCAGCGGAUGUUGGAGGACGACUUCCCCGAUGUGAGAUUGAACAUCAUCGCAAAGCUCGACAUGGUCAACGGCGUCAUCGGCAUCGACAGACUCUCCCAAUCCCUCCUCCCCGCAAUCGUCAAACUCGCCGAAGACAAACAAUGGCGCGUCCGUCUUGCAAUCAUCGAGUACAUCCCCAUUCUCGCCCAGCAUUUCGGUGUACAGUUCUUCGAUGCGAAACUCGGUACGCUGUGCAUGUCCUGGCUCGGCGACCACGUGUUUUCGAUCCGUGAGGCUGCUACUGUUAACUUGAGAAGGUUGACAGAGGUUUUCGGAAUCGAGUGGGCGACUCGUACGAUUAUCCCGCAAGUCCUCGCAAUGGCUGCACACCCCAACUACCUCUACCGCAUGACCACCAUCUUCGCCAUCUCCACCCUCGCCCCCGCCGUCGACGUCUCCGUCGUCGACCAAUACAUUCUUCCCACCAUCACCCAGCUCGUCGAGGACCCGAUCCCCAAUAUCCGGUUCAAUGUCGCAAAGUCGUAUGAAGUCUUGAUUGGUGUGUUGAAGGCUACGGAAGAGGGACGGGGAGUUAUUGGGGAAAAGGUUAAGCCGAUGUUGGAGAAGUUGGAGGGGGAUAAGGAUGCUGAUGUUAGAUAUUUCGCGGGUAGGGCUGUUGCCGCUACUGCCUGAUGUGCCAUCCAACCUGAUAGGGUGGAGAUGAAGAUUUGGAGGAGGAAGGCUCUGAGUAUAUACAAGUGCAAUUCGCCGUUGCAAAGGAAAAUGAUGCGAGUUGGGUACGAAUUGUGAUUGUGAUUGUGAUUGAAGGGCAUAUGUUAUGACG